UGCGCUUGGAGUCGGUGGGGGAUGUAGAGUGAUGCGCGCACCCUGCGGAGACAGCCACUGCACCAUUGUACGGCACGAAGCAGCUGCGAGAAGUGCGUGGGAGUGCAGAGCAAGGGGCUUGCUGUACGGAUCCGCCGUUAUCGUUCAGCUAUAUUAUUGCGACCGGGCAGGUGCAUUCAAUGCAUGCCCUUUAAAACGGGCACCGCGCUGUAAGUUGGAUCGUGCCAGCUGUGCCAUGCUCAUCGCGGAUCGGGGCCAGCCAUCGGGGUGGAAACAGUCGCCUCUUGUUUAGGACGGGGCUGUGCUGACUACAAGGUGACUUGUGAAAACUUUCUAGACCGUCUUAAUUGGAUAUAAUUUCACUUGUGGAUUUACUUAGAGCCAACUUUUUUCUUUUGAGAAGAAGAAAGAUGGGUAACGGACUUUCAGAACAGACUCCUAUCCUCCCGGGCUUAUCCAAUUUUCAAACUCUCCAUAUUGUUAUUCUUGGGUUGGACUGUGCCGGGAAAACGACGGUAUUAUACCGACUACAAUUUAAUGAAUUUGUAAAUACGGUACCUACCAAGGGAUUUAACGCAGAGAAAAUUAAAGUGCCGCUGGGCAACUCAAAAACUGUUACGUUUCACUUCUGGGAUGUGGGUGGUCAGGAAAAACUGAGACCGCUGUGGAAGUCCUACACGAGAUGUACGGACGGCAUUGUGUUUGUGGUGGACUCUGUGGACACAGAGAGGAUGGAGGAAGCAAAAACUGAACUGUAUAAGAUUACCAAGAUAUCUGAAAACCAAGGAGUCCCUGUUCUUAUUGUAGCUAACAAACAGGACCUCAGGAACUCUCUAUCUCUUUCCGAAAUAGAGAAGAUGUUGGCACUCAAUGAACUCAGUUCAUCAACACCUUGGCAUCUACAGCCUACAUGUGCCAUCAUUGGAGACGGACUAAGGGAGGGGAUUGAAAAGUUAUAUGAAAUGAUCAUCAAGAGGAGGAAAAUGCUCAGACAACAGAAAAAGAAAAGAUGAAUUCCUAUCCGUUUUUGUUUUUCAUUUUUAUUACAUUCUAGUUUGAGAAAAGUAGUUCGGCCGUCAAAAUUUGACGUUAACCGGUCUGUAUCAGAUGCCUGGGCUGCCUGGUUCGGUGCUGUUUACGCUUCAUCACGUCUUUUCUGUUAAGUUGUUCAGGCCGUCUCUUCUGGAGUUCUUCCAAAUCCAGAAACACUGAAGUGUGUCUGUUUUUUUUGUAGAUGGCAGGAAAGCGUAUGAUGUACGUCAGAGGCUGAAAUAUAAUCUAGUCAUCGUGAAUGAUAAACUGUGAAUGUUUUGCAACAAAUUGAAUAAAAGUUAAGGUUGCUUUUUUAUAUAUAUUAUUUAAAUCCUCUAGAGAAAUACCAUCUAUAAUGCUGAUCAGAACAAACGUAAAAUGACAUAUUUUAUUAUCAAACCAAAUAAAAUAUAACUGGCUUCUAAAGAGCCAGUCCAACUUGAGAUGUA